UUGGUGGAGGCUGUAUUUAUAACGGCUGGCCAGGACAGGUGUAGACUGAAGAUGAACAACAUGAGAUCAUCGCUCCAGCUUGCCGCUGUAUUGCUCUGCGUGCUGUGUGCGGCACACGUUCAGGCUCAGGAGAAGAGGAACUCGCUGAGGCUCUGUGGCCGGGCCCUGGUGCGAGCUUUGGUGUUCACCUGUGGGGCGUCCAGAUGGAGAAGACAGCUGGAGGAGACGGGGUUCUUGCCAGACGUUUUUGGGGCAGAAAACCAAGAAGAGACAGACUUCCUGAAGGCAAGUGAUGCUCCAGUGGAUUAUCAUCGGAGGGACCAGGACCAAGCUCUGAUAACAACAUGCUGUCAAAAAGGCUGCAGAAGAAGUGAGCUGUCCAUGCUGUGCUAGAGAGGACGCUGUCGCUCUAAAAUGUCAACAUUUGAGUCCAAAAAGGUUUCUGUAAUUCUAUGAUUUACCUUUCUAAGCAGAGAAUUAAAAAAGCAUCAUGAA